AUGGUUUCGUGGUCUAGUUGGUUAUGGCAUCUGCUUAACACGCAGAACGUCCCCAGUUCGAUCCUGGGCGAAAUCAUUAUUUUUUGGAAGCUAUUUUUUUUCCCUCAGAGAGAUUCCGCGAGAAGUUGA